AUGGAUGCUUUUUGUGUCAUGUUACGUAUUGUUUUUGUAUUUUAUUUCAUCACUCCUGGAUCAUCAACUUGUCUGAUUGGUUGCUCCUGCUCAGAAGAAAACUUGGGAAGAUCUUUGCUAUGUAUGGAAACCUCCAUGGGACAUAUCCCGGAGGAUAUCCCACACGAUUUCACAAAAAUCCGUAUUGAAAACUGCCCCCUGACUGAGUUACCUCAAGGAUCUUUCUCUAAAGUUAGUGCCUUGGAGUUUCUCUGGCUGAAUUUCAAUGAGAUCACCCUGAUGAGCAUCAAAAGCCUGGAGGGGCUGGCAAACCUGACUGAGCUGAGGCUACAAGGGAAUAAGCUGACUUCGGUACCAUGGACUGCAUUUCAAGACACACCAAAACUCAAGAUUCUGGACCUGAAGCACAAUCGGUUGGAUGUUCUGCCCGAACAUGCUCUGAGACACUUACGCACACUGACCUAUUUAGAUUUAUCCUUCAAUCAGCUUAGUGUCAUAUCAAAAGAUGUCUUCAUCAAUUGGCCCCUUUACCAAAUAUCAGAGAAAGAGUGGGGCAAAGAAGGGGUGGUCUCCAAUGUGGUCUUGGUGCUGCAUGACAACCCCUGGUUGUGCGAUUGCCGCCUCAAAGGCUUCGUUGAAUUCAUGAGGGCGGUGAGCCCUCCCAUCAUCCUGAUGAACUCUUAUUUGAUGUGCUCGGGCCCCGCCUCCAAAGCCAACAAGUUUUUCCACGAGAUCCAGUUGAAAACGUGCAUGAAGCCGGUGGCCUCUGCCCCAGAGACUAACAUCACUUUACCUCGUGGAGCAAAUGCAACACUCACAUGCUUAGUCAAGGCCAGGCCAGACCCGACCAUCCAUUGGAUGUACAGUUUGAAGAUUAUAAGAGGAUUUGCUGCAACUGAGACUCGCAUAGAUGAGGAGACCAUCACCUCCAAGCUAGUGAUUCCCUCUCUUCACCUGGCAAACCGAGGACUCUACACUUGCACGGCCAACAACUUCAUUGGCAACUCCUCUGUUAACAUCACGGUGAACAUCACCUCCUCCAAUACAUCCAUUCCUCUUCCUCCACCUGUCCCUAUGUUGCCAUCCGAUGAGAAUGCCUACAUUGACAUCCGCAUUGCCAAGCAGACAGUUUACGGUAUCACCCUUGAGUGGUAUGCAGCUACAGAUAAUCCGGCAGAAACCUGGUUUACCAUCCACUUUGGCAAAUAUGAUUCCCCCAAAAAGGAGAUAAUCUACAUCGGCCCUGGCAUCAACAGCUACUCAGUCAGUGACUUGCUUCCUGUUACAAAAUAUGAAGUUUGUGUCACCUUGAAGAACCAGCCACCGAGGGACGGCCAGUGUAUUGUGUUUAUGACAGGAAGUGACAUCAGUGAGCUGGAACAGAGGGAGAGGCUCAUCCACAUUAUAGUUAUUGUGUGUGCCAUGGUUCUGUCAGUGCCGGCCGGCAUGUACGCUUGCACCACAGAGGCCAGGUUCAGCUGUGUGGAUCGCUGCAUCGAUCUGUGGAAGAAACGAAAUCUGCGCGGGGAGAACUCGCAGGGGACAGAGAGGCAGGGCACUUUUGACAGUUUACAGGCAGCCAGCGAUGAAGGCCUGUGCAGGGACUCAGAGGAAAAGCCCAAAAAGAGGCAGAAGCCUGAAGAUAAGAGCAAAGGAGGCACUGCAGCUGAUCUUUACUAG